AUGGCUACUGCGAAAAAAGUCAAACUUGAUGUCCGAUCAUUUCAGUCAUCAUGGACAAAUGACUUUGGAUUUAUUCAACAGAAUGAUCGUGCUGUGUGUGCUCUCUGCUGCGAAAAUGUCGUGUGCCGCACAUCUAGUGUUAAAAGACACUUUGAAACAAAACACGAGAAGACUUUCAAGGACAGUGCAGACAAGACUGAAGCGAUUAAGAAAGCAGUAUCCCGCUAUGAGAAACAAAGUAAUGUGUUUAAGAAUCUGAGUGCUAGCAAAAUCAAUGCAACUGAGGCCAGUUACAAACUAGCUCUGUGUAUUGCCAAGCAUGGAAAGCCUUUUACUGAUGGAGAUUUCAUAAAAGCAGCUUUCCUAGAGUGCUCUGAGGUGCUUUUUGAUGGCAUAUCAAACAAACACAUGAUCAUCUCAAGGAUAAAAGAUAUUCCUGCCUCAGCUAGGACCGUGGAGAGACGUAUUUCUGAAAUGGCUGCUAAUGUAGGUGAGCAACAAACUGUUGCUUUAACAACUACACCUGUGUUCAGUGUGGCCCUGGAUGAAAGCGUGGAUAUAAAUGACAUUCCCCGCCUGGCUGUUUUUGCCAGGUACAGUGACACAGAGAUACACGAGGAGCUGUGCUGUCUUCAACCUAUGUAUGGCACUACCAAGGGGGAGGACAUACUGAAGACAUUCACUGACCAUUUUGAGGAGAGAGGGGUUGACAUAAGAAAGAUUUUUGCAGUUACAACAGAUGGUGCCCCUGCUAUGGUAGGAAAAAACGAGGGUUUUACCAAGCUUGUUGAGGAUAAAAUUGGACACCCCAUUUUGAAAUUGCACUGCAUAAUUCAUCAAGAAAAUUUAUGUGCCAAAAUCUCGAACUCUGAUCUCAACAAGGUGAUGGCUACUGUAACAAAAGUAGUGAAUUUUGUUGUUGCACACUCUUCUCUUACGCACAGGCAGUUUCAAGCUUUCCUUGAAGAGGUGGACAGUGCUUACAAAGAUAUACCCUUGCACAGCAGUGUUAGGUGGCUAAGCUGUGGGAAGGUAUUGGAGAGAUUUGUGGAAUGCUUUGAUGAAGUCAAGCUUUUCUUAACAGAAAAAGGCCAAGGCUACCCUGAGCUGGAGGACAGAGACUGGAUUGUGAAACUUAUGUUUCUCUCAGACAUCACCAAACAUCUAAAUGACCUCAGUCUUCUCUUGCAAGGUGCAGGAAAAACAGUGAUGGACUUGUAUGAUACUUGGAAGGCAUUUGUUGCAAAGCUUGCAGUUUACUCAUCAGAUAUUAAAAAUGGUUCUUUCCGUUACUUCAAAAACUUGAAAAACUUAUCUGCAACUCAUCCUAUCAACACUACUGAUCUUCAGGUGUACAUGCAAGAAUUGAAAUCUGAGUUCUCAAUCAGAUUUAAAGAUUUCCAAAACAUCGGCCCAGUGUUUUCCUUUUUAAUCAGACCAGACACGUUUAGAUACAGUGAGUUGGACGCAUCUCUUUUUGAGUGGAUGGAAACUGAGGAGUUGCAAAUGCAGUUAAUUGACUUUCAGGCAUCAUCAUUGUGGUCAGCUAAAUUUAAGGAUCUUCGAGAAAUAUUGGAAACUAGUACGACUGAUCAUGCAGCCUCCAUAUUAAGUUCCUGGACAUCACUGCCUGAUAAAUUCAGUUGCAUGAAGAAAGUAGCUUUUGCAUUGCUAUCAGCAUUUGGAUCUACAUAUCAGUGCGAGCAGAUAUUUUCACACAUGAAGCACAUCCUCAAUCCCCAUCGCAGCAACCUUACAACGGAUCAUUCUGAGGGUUGUGUAAAGCUCAAGGUGUCCAGAUAUUCACCUGAAAUUUCAACUUUGGCCAAAGGGAAGCAAGGGUUGCCGACCCCUGCUCUAGAGGCAUCUGUUGGCGGGGAGGUCAAUCAUUUUGCGGCUAUUCUGGUCGGCAUGUGUAUCUUCCUGCUGCCGGAUUGUGGUCUUGAAACUUGUAUAAGUGGAGAAGGUUGGGAGAGGCCUAUAUCCUGCAGUGGACUCUUAGAGGCUGAUGAUAACAACUACGGAAAUGCUGGCGAGUCAUCGGAAUAUCCUUUAGAGUUGGCCCCUUCAGCGUCUUGA